CCCGCCACCGCCGUGCCCAAAAGAAAGGCUGAAGGGGAUACUAAAGGAGAUAAAGCCAAGGUGAAGGAUGAGCCACAGAGAAGAUCUGCAAGGUUGUCUGCUAAACCUGCUCCUCCAAAGCCAGAGCCCAAGCCUAAAAAGGCCCCUGCAAAGAAGGGAGAGAAGAUCCCCAAAGGGAAGAAGGGGAAAGCUGAUGCCAGGAAUGAUGCGAAUAAUCCUGCAGAGAAUGGAGACGCAAAAACAGACCAGGCACAAAAAGCUGAAGGUGCUGGAGAUGCCAAGUGAAAUGUGUGCAUUUUUGAUAACUGUGUGCUUCUGGUGACUGUACAGUUUGAAAUGCUAUUUUUUAUCAAGUUUUAUAAAAAUGCAGAAUUUUGUUUUACUUUUUUUUAAGCUAUG